AUGAGACAAUAUUUUUGCACUUUUGGAUACAUCAUAUCUUCUAAUAAAUUUGUGGAUUCUACUUGUGCCUCUUUUAAAUGUCUUGGCCAUACAACAUCUACCCAAUCAACCAAUCGUACUAAUUCAGUAAAAUUUGAACUGGGAACUCUUAAUCCCAAUCCAGAUUUAUCUCUAAAGAGUAAUGGUAUGCUAAGACCAUGUUUUUGCAAAUAUGCUAAAUUUAGUUCCGGACCAGCCAUUUCACGGAAUAAACCGUUUUUAAUUACAUAUUGUGCAAAAUAACAGUAAUGCUAGAGAUUUUGUGUCAUUUUAGAAAACUAUUGAUGUGUCCCAUAUUACAAGUGUUAAGUUCUAGUACUAUUAUAACUGAAAGAAAAUUUCAAAAAAUAAAGUUUUUAAUAAACGAAUUAAUCAUGAUGAGCCUUCGUGACAAGCAAAUAAAUGCUUUAAAACUUAUGUUGAAUUUGAAUCAACCAGAACAGAAAUUAGAAGAAGCAAUACCAGUAUGGAAAGUUUUAAUUUAUGAUAGACUUGGACAGGAUAUUAUUUCACCAUUAAUAUCUGUAAAAGAGUUGAGAGAACUUGGUAUUACACUUCAUAUGCAAUUACAUUCCGACAGAGAUUCUAUUCCUGAAGUGCCAGCUAUUUAUUUUUGUGCACCUACUGAUGAAAACCUUGGCAGGAUCGGCCAAGAUUUACAAAAUGGUUUAUAUGAUAUUUAUCAUUUAAAUUUUAUAUCACCGAUAACCAGGCAAAAAAUGGAAGAUUUAGCAGCUGCUGCAUUGCUUGGAGGUGUAGUAUCAAAUAUUCAUAAAGUAUUUGAUCAGUAUUUAAAUUUUAUAUCACUGGAGGAUGAUUUAUUUAUUCUUAGACAUCAAAAUAGUGAUAUUAUAUCAUAUCAUGCGAUUAAUCGGGGUGAAGUGAAAGAUACUGAAAUGGAAUCUGUAAUGGAAAUUAUAGUUGACUGUCUGUUCUCUGUAUUUGUUACAUUGGGCACUGUUCCAGUUAUAAGGUGUCCAAGAGGAAAUGCUGCAGAAAUGGUUGCUAAAAUGAUUGAUAAAAAGUUAAGGGAAAAUGUUUGGGAUACAAGAAAUAAUUUAUUUGAAAGCGAAACAACUGGCCAUUAUAGUUUUCAAAGACCACUUUUAAUUAUAUUGGACCGUAAUGUAGACAUGGCUACACCAUUACAUCAUACAUGGACCUAUCAAGCAUUGGCACAUGAUGUAUUAGAAAUGGCACUGAAUAGACUUGUUGUCGAAGAAAAUGUGGGAAGGUCUCCUGCAGGAGGAACACGUUCGAAGACUAGAGCUUAUGAGCUAGAUAAUAGAGAUAGAUUUUGGUGCCAACAUAAAGGCAGUCCAUUCCCUAGAGUAGCUGAAGCUAUACAGGAAGAAUUAGAACAGUAUCGUACUUUUGAAGAUGAUGUUAAAAAGCUUAAAUCAUCUAUGGGUAUUGAUAAUGACAGUGAAGUGGCAUUAUCAAUGGUUUCCAAUAAUACAGCUCGUUUGACAAAUGCUGUUAAUAAUUUACCACAACUUUUGGAAAUGAAACGAUUAAUAGAUAUGCAUACGUCAAUUGCAACAGGUAUUUUGAAUUUUAUAAAGUCUAGAAGACUUGAUACAUUUUUUGAAUUAGAAGAAAAAAUAAUGAGCAAACAAACAUUGGAUAGAAGUGUAUUAGAAACAAUAAGUGAUCCAGAUUGUGGUACUCCAGAAGAUAAAUUACGUCUUGCUAUUAUAUAUUAUAUUUGUACAAAUAUGUCAGACAGUGAAUAUAGCAAACUUGAAGCAGCAUUAUCUGCUGCAGGAUGUGACUUAAAUCCUCUUAUAUACAUAAAACGAUUAAGAAGUUACACUAGAAUAGCAGAAAUCCAAAACAGUUAUGAAGGUGGUGGAACUAAAACAGUUAGUAUGUUUUCAAAACUAAUGAAUCAAGGAUCAUCUUUUGUAAUGGAAGGGGUAAAAAAUUUAGUAGUUAAGAAACAUAACUUACCAGUCACAAAAAUAGUUGAUGAAUUAAUGGAAUCAAGACAAUCAUCCCAAACUGAUGAUUAUUGUUAUUUAGAUCCAAAACAACUAAAACAUACAGAACAAAUGCCAAAGAAUAGACCUACAUUCCAAGAUGUAAUUGUUUUUAUAGUUGGUGGUGGAAAUUACAUAGAAUAUCAAAACUUAGUGGACUAUGUAAAACAAAAAAGUGGGGCUGGGGUUAAUAAACGAAUCACAUAUGGUUCUACAACAUUUAUUAAUGCAAAACAAUUACUAAAACAACUCUCACUCUUGGGACAGGAAGUUCACUCAUAAUUUGCAUAUUAUACAAUAAAUACCCAAAAAAUACUUAUGUCCUACUUUCUUAUAGCGUACAGUAAUUUUUCAUAUUGCUGUUAUUGAUUCCCUGUAAAAAUGUAAAAUAAAUAAAAUACAUUUAAUUAUUUUAGAUAUAA